CGCACACCUGACGUAAUCAGCCCGCGCCCGCAGAAGUGAGGGCGCGAGGGCCGUGGAGAAGCACGUUUCUUACUUGCCUCAGCUCUCACGUACCAUGGCGUCCCCCGUCCAGCAGUCUCCUCAGCCUGGCGGCGGGAAGCGCAAAGGCAAGGCUCAGUACGUGCAGGCCAAACGGGCUCGGCGCUGCGAUGGCGGCGGGCCCCGGCAGCUGGAGCCCGGGCUACAGGGCAUUCUCAUCACCUGUAACAUGAACGAGCGCAAGUGCGUGGAGGAGGCCUACAGCCUGCUCAACGAAUACGGCGACGACAUGUAUGGUCCAGAAAAGUUUGCAGACAAGGAUCAGCAACCCUCUGGAAGUGAGGCAGAAGAUGAUGAUGUGGAGGCUGCCUUGAAGAAAGAAGUUGGUGACAUUAAGGCAUCUACAGAGAUGAGGCUGAGAAGAUUCCAGUCAGUGGAGAGUGGAGCAAAUAAUGUAGUCUUCAUCAGGACACUUGGGAUAGAACCUGAGAAAUUGGUGCAUCAUAUUCUCCAAGAUAUAUACAAAACCAAGAAGAAGAAGACUCGGGUUAUUCUACGAAUGUUACCCAUCUCAGGCACAUGCAAGGCUUUCUUAGAAGAUAUGAAAAAAUAUGCAGAAACAUUUUUGGAACCCUGGUUUAAAGCUCCAAACAAAGGGACAUUUCAGAUUGUAUAUAAAUCUCGAAAUAACAGUCACAUGAAUAGAGAAGAAGUUAUCAAAGAAUUGGCAGGAAUAGUAGGCAGCCUCAAUUCGGAAAAUAAAGUAGAUCUUACCAAUCCACAGUACACAGUGGUAGUAGAAAUCAUUAAAGCUGUCUGUUGCCUGAGUGUUGUGAAAGAUUACACGUUGUUCAGAAAAUACAAUCUCCAGGAGGUGGUGAAGAGUGCCAAGGACUCGUCACAGCUUAACCCAAAGCAGGCAGCGCUAACAGGAAAUGGGAAAGAAGCUAAAUUGGAAUCUGGUGACAAAUCAAAUCAAAAGGACGCAGCAGAAGAAAAAAAUAACCAGCAGGUGGUACCAGAGGAUAGUGAGGAACUGGGUCAGACAGAACCAAUAUCUGAGACACCUGUGGUGAGUGAGGGGGCCGCUAAACCUGAACUUGCAAGUCAAGUCACAGAAGGAUCUGAGUCACAUGGAAAUGACCUCUCAUAGGAAAAAAAAUCGUUUGGUGUUGGAGGUGGAUUUCUCAACUGCGGUUCUGUGAGAUGUUGCUGGGAUUCUAUGUAAAAUUGUUACUAAAAAUAUUGUUUUUGAGUUGGUGUGCUGCAUAAUGCUGUACUCAAAAUAACUGAGCAGCCCCGUUAAUAGUUUUGUUAGAGAUCUUCCAGCCCUAUAUAGCAGUGUGCAUUUGGUUGAGCUAGAAGAGCCUAUGGAUAAAUUGGUGAACACUACUGCACAGAGCGGAGGAUGGCGGGAGGAUGAUGUUGGCCUCUCCCUCUUGAUUACCUUCCCCACUCCCCCGCUUCUGCACUGCCAGCUGACUUAUGGGAGUGAGCAAGCUCUGUGAAAUCGAAACUCAGAGGGAAAUUUUCAUUCUAAGGAAGGAAUUUUUGCAUUUUGCAAUUCAGCUGUCCCCUGCCACUUUGUUGUAAACAUUGCAAAAACAUGGGCCAUAUAGGUUAGAAGUGUAUUGUUUUGUGAAGUUUUUGUACCUUUUGUGAUUUUCUUGUUUAGUUUUUAUGCCCCGCGCGCCUUUUUCUUUGGCUGCUCCGCGAGGCAUGUGGGAUCUUCGUUCGACAACCAGGGAUCGAACCCGCGCUCCCUGCAGUGGAAGCUAUGCCCAUUUUUAUGUUUUCAUAACAUUUGUUACAACCAAAUCUGACGGUGCAGUGCUGCAAUUUUUGGAGGCAAGGUGUGAGAUAGAAGUGUUCAUUCUAGGCAUACAAUUAGAUAUUUCUGAUGAGGUUAGUUAUGAAGAGUUAGUCUUCUGAGUUAUUACAGUAUACUAGUGCAGCAAGGCACGCAAAUUCUUUACAAUGUAAGCUACUUUACAAUGUAAAUGGACUUAUUAUUCAAGCUGUUCCAUUCCAUAUCCUUUGUGAAAUGCAACUUACAAACCGAACAUUUGCUUCAGCAGUUGUAACUAUAAAUCAUAGCUCCCUGACAAAGACGAUUAUUUUAAUGGCUUUGGAAUAUCAAGACAGUAAAGCUUUUGUUCGAAAAAUCACGUUCAGUGAAAAGGUUUAAGAAGCAAAUUAUGUAGUAGCAGAACUUUUUCCAGGAAAGAAAAAUUCACAUAGUCGGUAAGAAUCUAACAGUAACAACAUUAAAAUGCUAGGUCAAGAAGCAGUACAAGAAAUUGAAAAGACUUUUCUCUCAAUAUAAUAAAUUGACUUAUGUCACAUGAUACUAAAGAGGUUUUGUUUAAAAGCAGCAGCAGUUGCUGAUGAAUCAACAGAUUUCAUGAAUAUUUGUCAUGCUGUUGCAUUUGUAAGAUUUGUAAAUUAGAAGGAAAUUCAAGGAAACUUUCCCCUGCUAGGAGCCUCCCAAAACAAUGGUCAGUUUAAAUUUAAUAGGUCUUCAUAUCUGAAAAACAGCAGUCUGUCAUCUGUACUCCUGGUGCCCCAUCAGUGGCUGGCUCCAUGGAAAGUUUUGCCUCAUUUUAGUAAAAGAAAAUCCUGACGUUGAUGUUACAGCACGCUGCUUUCUUCACAGAGAAGUGCUGAUACUAAAAACUUGGAGAUGAAAUGAAGAAAGUUUUAAACAAUGCUGCAAAAAUGGUUAACUUAAUUAAAGAUCCAUUUGAUGCAAGAAUGUUUAAAAAAAAAAACAAACUAAAACCUGAACAAAGAGCACAUAAAUCUCCUACAUAAAGAAAUCCAGUACUUAUCAGAGGAAGAGUUCUCCACGGGAUAUUUGAGUUGAAAGGUGAAUUACCAGUAAAUUAUAAGUACAAUAAAAUACUAGGCCAGAUUUUGCUAAAUGCUUUGAAGAUGAAGAAUGGCUACAGAAACUAGGCUAUUUAGGAGACAUUUUUCUCAUUGCAAGAACAAAUGAACAGUUUUCUGAAAGGGCCUGGAGAAAAAUGUUUUUUCUUAAAAGUGACAGGAGUCUUAGAUUAAAAGAAACUGACGCUUUGGAAUAAUUACGUUGCAUAAGGCACUCUUGAAAUGUUUCCACAGCCACUUGGGUUUGAGAAUGAAGAAAGCAACAAGUCUCAGGUCUUAUUUAAACUCCUCUUGCAGAACUGCAAAACCAAAUUAAAUAACAUUUCCCCUCCUUUUCCCAACACUGGUAUGUGACUGGAUGAGGUACCCUUUCGCAAAAUCUCAGCCUGGGAUUUUUUCACUGAGAGAAGAGGAAGAACUCAGAGUCCUAUUCUGACAGUUCUGGAUUUCUGUGAAACAAGAGUAUCUUUCAGCUUAGUGCUCACACUCAUAUACAUUGAGGAUCCCCUUAAUUUGACAGUUUUUUCAAGGGUUCCUCCAGGGUAAAACGGAAAAAAGAUGGGAGAGACAGACACCAAAGAGGGCUGCAAAAUUAAAUGUCCGGAUUGAGAAUACUAAAGGGUCGUGAAAUUAGCUUUUGGAGUUGGAUUUUAUUAAGUUUUAACAAGUUCGGAAGUAUUGUAAGUGUUAAGUCUUCCUGCACCAAUGGCUAUGUUUGUUUAUUGGCUAUUGAACACGGAAAUAUAUUUUUAUCCUCCUAGCUAGUGGUCCUGCUGGUAAAACGAAGGAUUUGGGAAGAGCAAAGAGAAUAGAAAGGGCCUUGCUGAUGCAGAUGAGGCUGGAACUUCCUUAUAUAUCUUUAGAUAUUUAGAAUGUUAACUCUUUAAAAGUUGAAGUUAUUUUGAAAGGAUGAUAGGAGCAUUGUAACUAUCAUUGGGGGAACACGGAUGAUAGGAUUUUGGUGCCUUCAUCAGACUUUUUCCAAGACAAAGAUACUUUUAUUUUGAUAGUACAAGACUCUGGGAAUAAAAUUUGCUGUAUGCUUACAGAAGGUACAAGCCUGUGGAACUGGGUUCCUUUUAUUUUGUGAAAGCUGCUACUCUACAGAAAGAUUUUGAUUUAGUAGUUUGUUUUUAAUCCUCUUUUGUAUUUUUAUCAAUAUUUGGUAAGACCUUAGUGUGACAAAAGCUAUUCUUCCCCAAAUGUAGUACGGUGUUCUGUUGGAAUCUGAAUUCAGUCAUUGAAAGAUUUGUUUUCAGGUUUACUAACUGUUUAUUUUCACUGACAUCUGAGCAUGUUAUUCUAUAAAUGAUAAGAUUCCAGGGUGGGAAUUGAGUGCUUUUUUUCCUUUUAAUUUUUAUUUUAAAAAAUUAUGUCAGUUAAACUCCACUUCAGUGUUGUGGUUUAGUAAAACUUGUUUUGCUCUGUGGAGGAAAGAGUGUUAAAUUUGAUAUUUUAAAACAUGUUUCCCGGGCUUCCCUGGUGGCACAGUGGUUGAGAGUCCGUCUGCCGAUGCAGGGGACGCGGGUUCAUGCCCCGGUCCAGGAAGAUCCCACAUUCCGCGGAGCGGCUGGUCCCGUGAGCUAUGGCCGCUGGGCCUGCGCGUCCGGAGCCUGUGCUCCGCGGCGGGAGAGGCCACAAUAGUGAGAGGCCCGCGUACCGCAAAACAAACAAACAAACAAAAAUUCCUUGCUGGGACUUCCCUGCCAGUCCACUGGUUGGGAUUCCACGCUUCCAUUGCUGGGGGCGCGGGUUUGGUCCCUGGUGGGGGAACUAGAAUCCUGCAAGCCGCAUGGUGCGGCCAAAAAAAAAAAAAACAUGUUUCCCUUUAGUUAAACAUGGUUUCUAAAUGUUAUUUUUACUUGUAUUUUGCUUUUGGUAUGGCCAGAUAUUCAGCUUGUUUUUCAGUUUCUGAUUUCAGAAAAAUCAAAAUAAAUUUGUUCCUUAAAGA